UUGGUCAGUGAAAAGCUGGUGUCGAUCCUGGUACUGCGAUGAAAACCAAAUGAAAAUUUUUACACUGCAUAGUAAGAUUGGCACAAAUUCCAAUUAUAAGUGGGGUCCAGUGAAAUCCAAAGGCAGCCUUAGUCUCAGACAGUUACAGAAGAAGACGGCAUCCAAGAGAGGUUCGGCGUUCGCCAAGGUCUUUCAACGGAGGUCGGAAAGAGAUUUCACUGAAACCGAACAAGUAGCAGAAGCAGACAAGAAGGAGGAGAUCGACGUCCAAACCGACAACGACGAGACCGAAGCGCCCAACCGGGCAUCCCCUUAGCUAGAGUUCCACCGGCGUCCAGCAGCCACCAUUCGUCUCUUCCCCAACAGCAAUCAGACAAAGCAAAAAACAAGAAAAGUUGAAAAUGGCUCAGUGUACGAGGACAACCUUAAGCUUUCCCAAAACCCCACUUAACUCCACCAAAACAGGGACUCAAACUCAUUUACUCCCAUCAAUCUCGUCCUUUCAAGCAAAACCCAAGUCCAGAAAGUACCCCAAAAUCUCCCUUUCGGUUGUGUCCAGUCAAAGCCAACAACAAUAUCCAUCUUUUGAUGCUUUGCCCAACUCUUGUCGCAAAGAAGAAGUUUUUUCCACCAUAAAAGACUCAGUUCAUAAUUGUUUAUCCGAGACUAAUCUUCAAUUGACAGUUCCUGGCCUCAAAUCCAAAACCAGAGGCAAGGUUAGAGAUAUUUAUGAUACGGGGGAUUAUCUUGUUUUGGUCACAACUGAUCGUCAGAGUGCAUUUGAUAGGAUUCUUGCCUCUAUUCCCUUCAAGGGCCAGGUUCUUAAUGAGACGAGCUUGUGGUGGUUCAAUAGAACACAACACAUAACUCCCAAUGCAGUUUUGUCAGUACCAGAUAAAAAUGUUACAAUUGCAAAGAAAUGUUCUGUCUUUCCUGUUGAAUUUGUUGUGCUAUAUGCAGUUAGAGGGUUUGUGACAGGAAGUACUGACACAUCACUGUGGACAGUCUACAAAAAUGGAGUUCGAAAUUACUGUGGCAAUGUACUUCCAGAUGGAUUGGUUAAAAAUCAAAAGUUAACUGCAAGCAUACUCACACCAACGACUAAGGCUGAGGAUCAUGAUGUUCCAGUAACUCCAGAUGAGAUUAUUGAAAGAGGACUGAUGACUCGAGCUGACUUUGAUGAAGCGAGAGAAAAAGCUCUAAGUUUGUUUGAGUAUGGACAGCGUGUAGCUUUGGAGCAUGGCCUGAUUUUGGUAGAUACAAAAUAUGAAUUUGGAAAGGCUAGUGAUGGUACAAUUCUAUUGAUUGAUGAGGUGCACACUCCUGAUUCGAGUAGAUAUUGGAUUGCGAAUUCUUAUGAAGAGCACUUUCAGAAUGGUCUUGAACCUGAAAAUAUUGACAAGGAGUUCUUGAGGCUAUGGUUUAGAGAUCACUGCAAUCCCUAUGAAGAUGAGGUCCUUCCUGAUGCCCCUGAAGAACUUGUCUGCGAGCUUGCCUGGCGGUACAUCUUUUUAUACGAGACAAUAACAAAAUCAAGAUUUGAGGCACGAGUGACAGAGGAGCCAAUACAUGAUCGAAUCUCGCGAAAUGUUUCGUCGGCAUUGUUAUCUUUGCAGUAACUCAAGGAGAUCAUACGAGAGUUCAUGGUUUUCCUAUGAUGGAGGCUAUGGUGAAACUUUUAAAGAGCAGCACUCAAUUAUUAAUAGAGUUUUUAAGUGUUUUUAUCCUGUGAUUUCCUGAAUGGAAAAUAAGCUCAGUAUCCCAAGGCUUUUGGUAGAUGAACAUGGGGUGGAAGCCAAGCAUGAUUGUCCAGAUGUAAUGCCUUGUGCACUUAUUUUGCUCUUAAAUCUAUAGUUAGGACCUGAAUUUCAAUGAAUUCAAAGAAGAUUAAAUUACAAUGUCUGACAUUUUUUGUCCUUGGUCUUUGCCAAUGAAGAAAUACAAUGCAUUCAUCACAGUUCAAAGCUGAUUCAACUUGAAAUCCUUGAUUUUUAAAGUACAAAAUGGUUAAUGUUGAACACAUUGACGUGGCAACUUGAAUUACUGCAUUUGUAUGAAUC